CCUGGAGGUGGAAUGAGGAGCUGCCUCCCUAGCUCCGGUCCCCAGCGCACACACGAUGGGACUCACGCCGGACCACGGGGGUCAGACCCGGUCGACUGCUCGGAGAGCGGGAGAAGGGGAGAGGAAGGAGGAUUAAUUCACCGUAGGAAGCGGGGUCCCUGGACCCCUCUCACCUGCGGGGUGCACGGGGGCCUGCAACCGGGGUGGUAACACAGACCAAACAGAAGCAGGCUAAGGAAAGAGGCUGGGUGCGGGUCUGGCCUUGCCAGCCCAGUUAAAGACCAGCGGCGCGGAGGCGCCCUCCCGCGCGGCCCCUCUGCGGUCCUCCCUGCCCAGCCCGGCAGAAUUCACUCCUGGGGCUUUAAGGGGUGGGCUCUGCUCACUACGUGCCUUCGUGCGUCAUUCUCGUGCGCCCUGAGCCUCGGUCUCCACGUGGGUUCGGUGGUUAAACCCGGGCUGGGGAUCAUGGCGGGAACGGAGACUGGGGACGCCGCAGCAGGAGCCGAGGCCCCUCAGCCUCAGAAGCGCUACUAUCGGCAGCGGGCUCACUCCAACCCCAUGGCGGACCAUACGCUGCGCUACCCUGUGAAGCCAGAGGACAUGGAUUGGUCUGAGCUAUACCCAGAGUUCUUUGCUCCACUGACUCAAAAUCAGAGCCACGAUGACCCAAAGGAUAAGAAAGAAAAGAGAGCUGAAGCCCAAGUGGAGUUUGCAGACAUAGGCUGUGGCUAUGGCGGCCUGUUAGUGGAACUGUCACCGCUGUUCCCAGACACGCUGAUUCUGGGUCUGGAGAUCCGGGUGAAAGUCUCAGAUUAUGUGCAAGACCGGAUUCGGGCCCUACGAGCGGCUCCUGGAGGUGGUUUCCAGAACAUCGCCUGUCUCCGUAGCAAUGCCAUGAAACACCUUCCUAACUUCUUCCGCAAGGGCCAGCUGACAAAGAUGUUCUUCCUCUUCCCUGACCCACAUUUCAAGCGGACAAAGCACAAGUGGCGAAUCAUCAGUCCCACACUACUGGCAGAAUAUGCCUACGUGCUGAGAGUUGGGGGGCUGGUAUAUACCAUAACUGAUGUGCUGGAGCUACAUGACUGGAUGUGCACCCAUUUUGAAGGGCACCCCCUGUUUGAGCGUGUGCCUCUGGAGGAGCUGAGUGAAGAUCCCAUUGUGGGACAUCUGGGCACCUCGACCGAGGAGGGAAAGAAAGUUCUACGCAAUGGAGGAAAGAAUUUCCCAGCCAUCUUCCGAAGAAUACAGGAUCCCACCCUCUAGGCAGUGACCCCCAAUCCUACCCUUCCUGAUCACUGACUUUGCCUUUGCUGACUUUGCCUUAGUUGGACCCCAUCUUCCAGGGACUGGAAAGAAGACUGGGCCCUUGGACCUUCCCAGCUGAGCCUGCUAGGGCUGAGCAGCAAGAGUCUCUCAAAGAAGUUGAGGAACUGCCCAGGGCAGAACCCUGGAGUUCAUGACCAUCCCUGACUCCUCUCACCUUCUUACCCUUCCAGUGGCAGCAGAAAGCAAAAGCAGCUGACUGGGAAGGUCAAAAGGCCUUGGACCAGAAGGGAUCUUUGGAAGGGAGUGGAGUCUUGCUCUCCCUUAGCAGUCCCUUCUCCUGGGAUUUCUCCUUCUCAGCUGGAGUGAAGAACGCAGUUCUCCACUGUCCAUCUAAACUGCCUGCUAAGCUCAAAUCACCUGCCCACUCGUGUUUACUUUGCAGUUCAGGGGGUAACAUGUGUAUGUGUGCACAUCCCAUGCUGCUGUUUCUCAGGAAAGGCUAGAGUGUGUAUCGCUCCUGUCCUCUCCCUGCCUAAGACUUGACCUGUGGAAUCUGUGUUCCGUUUAUUGUUGCUGUCUCUGGAGAUCCUGGGAGGGUGUGGUGGUGGAGACCCUCUCCUUCAUGUUGACCUUUGCUUUGAUUCCAGAACUUCAGAGCUGACUUGCUGACACAGAGCAUGCCAGGGCCGGGGGCGCGGGAGUGAGGAGCAGACAGGUGAACUGGGGAGGAUUCUGAGGCUAAAAGUGGAAAGGGGCUGCUGACUAGAAAGCCCCACAAAGGGGACUGAGUCAGCUGGAGAUUCAGAGCACUCGCUUAGCCCUUGCUCUGUCCAGGAGCCCAGAUAAAUCUCUCAACUUUUAUAAUUUGCAAAAAGUUCCUUCAUUUCUGCUCCUCAAGCCCCAAAUUACCAUGGCUGGAAGGACAGGGCUUGUUGACGGAAAAGACCAACCCCCCUUCCCAAGGAAUAAAGAUGAAGGCUCCUGGAACCAUCUUAACCCAUUAA